AUGGAGGGAAAUGCAAGCUCAAGAAGGCAUAGGGACAGCAGCAGCAGGGCUUUACUCUCAAAAAUCAAAGGUUUAUGCAGCUUGUGCAGCUCUGAUUUGCCGAAGGGGCAACAAGUUCUCACACUUACGAGAGAAUGUCAUGCGUAUAGAAUAGAUGUCUUGUUGAGAGUGCUAGUGGUUGUUCAGCAACUUCUGAAAGAGAACCGACAUGGAUCUAAGAGAGAUAUAUAUUACAUGCACCCAUCUGUAUUUUCAGAACAGUCUGUUGUGGACCGGGCAAUUAACGACAUAUGCAUCCUUCUGCAAUGCAGUCGUCACAACCUAAAUGUGGUCUCUGUUGGGAACGGGUUAGUGAUGGGAUGGUUACGGUUCUUGGAAGCUGAAAGGAAAUUUGAUUGCAUAAGUUCUCCUACGACUGCCUAUCCUAUCCCCGUGCAUGUUGAGGAAGUCAAAGAUAUUGUCAGUGUUGCCAAAUACAUACUCAUUGUGGAGAAAGAAUCAGUAUUCCAGCGUUUAGCUAAUGAUCGGUUCUGUAAUGCAAACCGUUGUAUUGUCAUCACAGGAAGAGGGUAUCCAGAUAUUCCCACCAGAAGGUUCUUGCGGCUACUUGUUGAGAAGCUGUUUCUGCCUGUCUACUGUUUAGUAGACUGUGAUCCAUAUGGCUUUGACAUCCUGAGUACCUAUAAAUUUGGUUCUAUGGUACAAUGGCUCGGAGCUUUUCCUUCAGAUUUUGAGAAAUAUGAUCUUCCGCAACAGUGUUUGCUCCCUUUGACAGCAGAAGACAAGAGAAGAACGGAAGCCAUGUUACUCAGAUGCUACCUUCAUAAGGAAGUGCCAGAAUGGAGGUUGGAGCUAGAGCUAAUGUUACAAAAGGGAGUAAAAUUCGAGAUUGAAGCAUUGUCUGUGCACACCCUUUCCUUCUUGUCAGAGCAGUACAUACCCGCAAAGAUUCAGAAAGUUGAAAUUCUCCCUGGAUACAAUAUCAAGAGUUGA